AUUCCCACAUCAGAUCUCUCAUCCUACCAACAUGUUCUUCGCCUUUUGAUACCCUCAGCUUGGUGUGUACAAUGGAUCACAGUAACCUUGAUCACGAGGAUGGACUUCAAGCAGUCCAUCAAAACGGCGGUCGUGAAGAGCAGCCUAAUUUUGUUGAGGAUGGUGUUGUUUCAAAUGGAGACUCCGUUGUAGCUGAAAUAUCAGAAACUGUUAUCCCAAAUGGAAGCUUUGGAAAUUUCAACCAGUUGGAUAGCACUGCAACUGAUAACUUAUCUAUGACAGAAAUCAAGGAAGGAUUAGAUGACACAAUAUAUGGAAACAAUGUCUCCAUUUCUAAGGAAGAGGAAGUGGAGAUCGUAGAUGAAACGGAGCAAGCGAGAGGACCAAAGGGUCCUGCCAAGAAUAAGAAUGCAAAGCCACCGGGUCCUAGAGGCGUUCAUGUAAGUUCAUUAAAAAAGAGCAAAGAUGGAAAAGAGAAAGAGGCAGCAUCUGCUGUUUCAAAUGGUACUUUAGCUGUGGACUCUCAUAAAAGACAGCCAAUUAAAACCAAAUCAUUUAAUGACAAGCAGACUCGAUUGUCCAAGCACCCUGGAAAGUCGGAUGCAGCAUCUUCUGAAGCACCAGUGGAGAAGACCAGGCCUCAACUAUUGAAGAAAGGGCCUCUUGAUAAUCAAGGAAAAGAAGAACCUUCUUCUCCUACUGCAGAAGAUGACAAACCUGGCAGGGCAGGGGCACUUCCAAAUUAUGGAUUCAGUUUCAAGUGUGAUGAGCGAGCUCAGAGAAGAAGAGAGUUUUACUCUAAGCUUGAGGAAAAGAUUCAUGCAAAGGAAGUAGAGGAGAGUACCAUACAAGCAAAAACCAAGGAGUCCCAAGAAGCUGAGAUUAAGAAGCUUAGGAAAAAGUUAGCAUUUAAAGCAACACCAAUGCCAAGCUUCUACCAGGAGCCUCCUCCUCCUAGGGUGGAGUUAAAGAAGAUACCCACUACAAGAGCUAAAUCUCCCAAGCUUGGUCGUAAUAAAAGUUCAACCGAAGGAAACACUAACAGCAGUGCUCGACAAGUCCGCGCAAGUCUGGAUGAGAAAGUGUUUCAGAAUAACCCCACCAAAGGAAUUAAUCCUGUUCAACAAAAGAAGCCACUACGGAGAUCUCUUCCUCCUCGACUGACUGCCGAAAGGAUCAGUUCAUCCAAACCAGCAACUGUGAGGACUUCAUCUAAGGCAGUGAAUGGUGAGAAAACCUUGUCCAAUUCAACAGGGGAAGAAAAAGUUGAGAUGAUUGCAGCCACUGAUGAGAACAACAGUGCCUUGUCCAAUGAGACGAGCGAAGCUCUGCCUCUGAAUGUAGAAACCGUUGAAGUGCAGCCUCACGUGAAUCAUGAGAUCGUCAUUGAAGAGAAACCACUGGUAGCCUCGGUGCAAGAAUCCAUAGCGGCCGAGCAUUAAGAAACCAGCAGCAACAGAACCAAAUAUUAGCUAUCAGAGCAAUGAUUCGUCUGGUGAAUAUUAUAGGAGUAUAUUAAUAUGAUAUGGCUGAGAUUAUUUAGUGCUGAAAGGUUGCAGAUUUUCAAUAUGGUUUGUUUUGCCAAGCAGCAUCGUUUCUUUUGUGUCGGUUUUGUCAUUAUGAUUCUCUCCCCUCCUUGCAGCAAUGAAUGUAACUAUUUGCCUGGCUGUUCUAGUUUAUGGUUAUUUUAGUUCACAACAUUUGUCUGUUUAGUUGAUAUAUGAAGCGAAAAUUUUGGGAAUGUUUGGUGCCAGUUUGUUGAGGCUUUCUCUGUUAAACAAUUGGCAUCGUUAGUCACAUGAACAAGCUGUUUGAGUUAUGAAGACCCUUCCUGUGAGUCAUAUGACAGCUAUGCUUUGUAAUGCAUUGAUUCCUAAUGUCAAUCGGUUUUCAGCUCCCA